GGCGCUACGCAAGACACUCAGCCGCGCCGCCUCCGUUUCGUGCGCUGUUUUCUUUCCCACUCUUUUUUUUUUUUUUCCUCCCUUUACGGGCGACUUAAAUAGGAGCGCCGGACGCUCCCGCAGCAGACCGCUUGGGCUGCAUAAGUGGUGGUUGACCGCUGCCUUGCGCCUAGGGAAGGGUGCCCGGGAGACAGGACGAAGAGGAAAGCAGAUUACAGGAGACUGAAUAAAUGCAGCCCAUCACAAUGCAAGCCCAUGAAUUGUUUCGGCAUCUGCGAAUGCCAGAACUCGGUGAUGUAAGACAAUAUGUACGUACUCUUCCAACAAACACACUGAUGGGGUUUGGUGCUUUUGCAGCCCUGACGACUUACUGGUAUGCCACAAGACCUAAAGCACUGAAACCACCAUGUGACUUAGCUAUGCAGUCUAUAGAAAUAGAGGGUGGAGAGCAUGCCAGACGUUCUGCACUACUUGAUAAUGACGAGCCAUUUGUUUACUAUUAUGAUGAUGUGAGAACGGUUUAUGAAAUCUUCCAAAGGGGCAUGCAUGUGUCAAACAAUGGACCUUGUUUGGGUGUAAGGAAACCAAAUCAGCCAUAUGAAUGGAUUUCUUACAAGGAGGUUGCAGAAAAAGCAGAAUGUGUUGGUUCAGCCCUUCUUAACAGAGGCCUCAAGCCGUCUCCUGACCAGUUCAUAGGAAUCUUCUCCCAGAACAGACCUGAGUGGGUUAUCAUUGAACAAGGAUGCUACACAUACUCUAUGGUGGUUGUGCCACUCUACGACACUCUUGGAACAGAUGCUAUCACUUAUAUUUUAAAUAAAGUUGAUAUAACAGUGGUCUUCUGUGAUAAAUCAGAGAAAGCUAAACUACUUUUGGAUAACACUGAGAAAGGAGAAAUAUCAGUCCUUAAAACAAUUGUGAUAAUGGAUCCUUUUGACAGAGACCUUGUAGCCCGUGGGAAAAAAUGUGGUAUAGAUAUCAUCAGCAUGAAAGAAAUUGAGGCAUCAGGAAGAGCCCACAAACACAAACCUGUUCUUCCACAAACAGAAGAUCUAGCUGUAAUCUGUUUCACCAGUGGAACGACAGGAUGUCCUAAGGGAGCCAUGAUUACUCAUCGAAAUGUAGUGAGCAAUAUGUCUGCAUUUGUGAAAGCAACAGAGAAAGCAGUAUUUCCUUGUCCUGAAGACACCUUAAUCUCCUUUUUACCCCUGGCUCACAUGUUUGAAAGAAUUGUUGAGUGUGUGAUUCUUUGCCAUGGGGCUCGGAUUGGAUUUUUCCAGGGAGACAUCAGGCUACUCAUGGAUGACCUAAAAGCUUUGCAGCCUACAGUGUUCCCUGUGGUGCCAAGAUUGUUAAACAGAAUGUUUGAUAAAAUCUUUCAACAAGCAAACACUUCACUUAAGCGGUGGAUAUUGGAUUUUGCUUCCAAGAGGAAAGAGGCAGAAAUUAGAAGUGGGAUUAUUAGAAAUAACAGCCUAUGGGAUAAAAUAAUUUUCCGCAAAGUACAGGCAAAUCUGGGAGGAAAAGUCAAACUAAUGAUUACAGGAGCAGCCCCUGUUUCUGCAAAUGUAUUGACCUUCCUCAGAGCAGCUCUUGGUUGUCAGUUUUAUGAAGGCUAUGGACAAACAGAAUGCACAGCUGGAUGUUCUCUAACAAUACCUGGUGACUGGACUGCUGGUCAUGUUGGUGCCCCAAUGCCUUGUAAUAUCAUAAAGCUGGUUGACGUAGAAGAAAUGAAUUAUUUUGCUGUCAAAGGAGAAGGUGAGAUUUGUGUAAAAGGAGCAAAUGUGUUUGAAGGCUAUCUGAAAGAUCCUGAAAAAACAGCAGAAGUUCUUGACAAAGACGGCUGGGUACAUACUGGAGAUAUUGGGAAGUGGUUACCGAAUGGUACCCUGAAGAUAAUUGAUAGAAAAAAACACAUAUUCAAACUUGCACAAGGAGAAUAUAUAGCACCAGAAAAAAUAGAGAAUGUAUAUUUGAGGAGUGAACCUAUUGCCCAGGUGUUUGUCCAUGGUGAAAGUUUGCAGGCUUUCCUAGUAGGAAUUGUGGUACCAGAUCCAGACAUAUUGGUAAUAUGGGCUAAGAAAAAAGGCCUGGGAGGCUCUUAUGAAGAAUUGUGCAAAAACAAAGAUAUAAAAAAAUACAUUCUGGAAGAUAUGUUGAAGAUAGGAAAGGAGUUUGGCUUGAAGUCAUUUGAACAGAUCAAAGGCAUUGCCCUUCAUUCUGAAAUGUUCUCUAUUGAGAAUGGCCUGCUAACACCAACCUUAAAGGCAAAGAGACCUGAGCUACGCAAAUAUUUCAGCUCUCAAAUAGAAGAACUCUAUGCUAAUGUCCAGAUGUAAAACUAUUAGAGAGAAUGGCAUUUGCUAUUAACCAUCAUAUCUAUGAACAGACUAUAACAAAUAUGUGGAAGGAAACAGUGCAAUCAUUAACUUCUACACAAAGGGGUACUCAACAUAGGAAAACUGAAGAAAAUUUGAACUCUGCCUUACUGUCCACUUGUGUCGCAGACCAUUUUUUACAGUGACAUACAACUUCCUCAAUGCGCCUUAAAACUGUACAUGUUAUCUAUGUGAUUUGUUAUUUAAGACUUCAGCCAAAAAUGUGACUCUCAAGGCAUGUAAAGGGAUAUGUGUGUUGCUACCACAUUCAAUUGUUUAUAUUACAUUGUACAGCUGGUAAUCAUUUUCCAAAAUAUUUGAUAUAUGGAGAUUUUUAUUGCAUCAUAGCAGAGGAACACUGAUAGGAAAAUGAAACUUAUUUGUGGUUGGAUGUAAAAUUUGGGCAGAAUCUUGGAUGCCUACGUUAUUUACUGACUUUUUCAAAGCUUUAUUUAAUGUUGUGGUAUUAAUGCAAUGAACCACAGAAUAAAUGAUCAUAUAUUUUAGCUUUAGAAUUUGGGGGAGACUCCAGAUAAAAUUUCCUAUAUAAUCCAAGAUAUCAGCUUCAUGAGCUACAGGGAUAGUUGGGCCAUAGUGGCAUCAUGUUAUAAAAUAUGCAUGGAUAUGGAUGGAAUUUCAGUACAAACUGGGACUAAGGCAUGCUCAUACAUUGCCAACCAUUAGAUUGCCUCAGUAGUACAGCUUAAUCGUAAUUUAAUUUACUGGGUCUUGUACAAAAUUAGCUUCUGCUUCUUACUGAGCAAAGAAUAUUGAGAAUUUGAUAGGAUACAAAAAUAACCAUGCUUCUGUAACAGACAGGUAACGGACUGUAGUAUAUAUAUAUAUAUAUAUAUAGGAUGUCAUUUUAUUGGAAUGGGGAAGAAUGCUUGAACAUACCUACCUUUUACCUGCAUCUGUAUAUUUUUCUGAGGGAUGGAUGGAAUUGAAAUGCCUUGUAGUAACCCAUGUCUGAGUUUUCCCAUAAAACAGUAAUUAAUUUGUGUUAAAUAUAUGUAAACAAGCACAAUGAAGUUUGCACUAAAGAGUGUGUGAUUAUAAUGCACUACCCAGUUGCAUAAUUUCAUACAUGGGUGUCCUUAUUGCACACCAUUAUUCAAACCCAUACUCUUAAAGUAUUAACUCACUUGUUAUAUUGGAAUUCAAAAGUUUGCUUAGUGUUGGCUAUUUCUAUAUUUUAUAAACAAAAAUUUCCAUCCAAAAAAACUCCAUAAGGAAGCCAAAAUAAAUAUUUCUGCAUUUAA